CCAUAUUCAACACACAGUCGGCAUUUUCUCUUCAAAUCUUCCUUUCUAUUCUCACAUUCCCUCGGCCAACUCGUCUAAUUAGACGAAACGCAGCCAGUCGUCGUCGACAUCGCAGCAUAAUUUAGUCGGGAAGUCAUUGAAGAUGGGUCAAACACUCUCGUCGCCAGCGACGAAAAAGACGUCGGAAAGUGGUGGAAACGCUCGUUUUCUUUAUGGCGUUUCUGAAAUGCAGGGGUGGAGGAUCACCAUGGAGGACGCCCACGCUACGGUUCUUGAUCUGGACGAAGGAAAAGAGGACUCCAAUGCCUUCUUCGCUGUUUAUGAUGGCCACGGCGGCUCGACUGUCGCCAAGUUCGCAGGUGCCAACGUCCACAAACGUCUCGUAAACGAAGAAUCGUACAAGGCGGGCGAUUAUGAGACCGCACUCAAGCGAGCCUUCUUGGGCACUGAUGAGGAUCUGUUGGCGAAUCCCGGUCACACUCGCGAUCCCUCUGGAUGCACCGCCGUCGCUGCGUUAAUCACCACGGAUGGCAAGAUUUACGUGGCCAACGCUGGUGAUUCCCGAUCGGUUAUUGGAAUCAAGGGAGAAGUCAAACCCCUCAGUUUCGACCAUAAACCAACAAGCGAAACUGAGCGGGCACGAAUUUCCGGUGCUGGGGGCUAUAUUGAAUAUGGACGCGUAAAUGGAAACUUGGCCUUGUCACGGGCGCUCGGUGAUUUCGAAUUCAAGAAGAACUACGCCUUGCCCCCAGAAAAGCAAAUCAUUACUGCGGACCCCGAUGUCACCGUGCAUGAAAUCACGGAAGAAGAUGAAUUCCUCGUCGUGGCUUGCGACGGCAAGUAUCUGGGAUUGCUUGAGCUCCCAGCAAGUGGUCGACUUCGUCCGGUAUCAAGUAUCUCAAGGCAAAGAGUUGCAGGAGAUUGGCGAGAUGAUUUGUGACCAUUGCCUGGCUCCCGAUACAUCGUCGGGAGCUGGUAUUGGCUGCGAUAACAUGACUGUCCUCAUCGUUGCCAUCACCCACGGGCGGACCAAGGAGGAGUGGUACAAGUGGAUCACGGAUCGAGUGAACUCGAAUUACGGUUACGCAACCCCUAGUCAACCUCCACAACUGUAUGCUGCCAGUCGAAUUGCGUCAUUCCGAGCACGACAAGAGGCACAGCAAGCACGCGACC